UUGAGUUUUCAGGUGAGCUCCGUAAAUUUGAUUCUCAAACAGGCAAUUCUAAAAGUAAAUUCUAAAUUACUCUUCAAUGGAUACCAACCUUGCUCGUGUCAGCUGGAGGUGCCUAUUGAAUCUGAUGCUUUCCCCAUUUUGUUUUGUUCUCUUUAUUUGCUUUACUGCUGGUCAUGUUUCGCAUGGUCUAAUCAGAAUUCCUUUUUUGUUUCAACCUGGUACAAGUUGUAUUUUUCAUAUUUUGCUUUUUUGGCCAUGCAACUAGGGAUGAGAUGAGAUGAGAUGAGAGGGAUUUAUAAAUAACAUUGCAUCUAUCAUAUAUUUGUGUGUUCAUUGUUGUUCUCCUCAUCCUUAUUUUCUCUACUUGUCUUCAAGGUUUGAGCAGUUCCCAUAAACCAUGUCAAACCCACCCCCAGUUCGUCCAUGGUUCCGCUUAGCCUCCAUUCGCACUGUCCCUGCUCCUGCCCCUGCACCUGCACCUGCCCCAGCUCCUGCUCCAGAGCCACGCCCUACUUUGGCUCUACCCGCAUUUAGGACUGCUUCAGCACCACCAUCACCUGAGUCUCAACGUCGAGAAGCCACAACAGAAACUAGUGCUCCUCCUCCACCACGCCCUACUUUGGCUCUACCCACAUUUAGGACUGCUUCAGCACCACCAUCACCUCAGUCUCAACCUCGAGAAGCCACAACAGAAACUAGUGCUCCUCCUCCACCACGCCUUGCCGCGGCUGAAAGAUCAUCUGCUCCUCCAUCUCCUCCUCCUCCUCCUCAAAAAGUUCCUGCAUCACUUCCAACUUCUCCACUCCAAAAAGAAGCAGUUUCAUCUUCUCCCACUCUCAAACCAACCACUGCUACCUCCCCAGAAAAGAGUGUUCCAACCACCCAAUCUCCAAAAACAAUAAAACAAGCUGUUAGGAGCCCAAUGAGCUCGCCAAAGAUCAAACCCACUGCUCCACCUCCCUCUCCCUUGACCCUUCCACCUUCCCAGUUGAAGACUGAACCAAAGAUACCAAUGGAGGCAGAGCCAAAAAACGUGGUUGUUCAGAAGACCAUCGAAAAGCCUAUGCAGUGGCUCAAUCGCAGUAGUGAAAUCCAAAGUCAUGGAAAACACGUUACCAGCAAAGAAAGUGAAACAACCAAGGAGAAAGGUACUCUUCACAGAAAGCUUUCGGAUUCUGAGGACUCUGGCAUGAGAGUUAUAACAAUUGCAGGGGAAAACAGAGGAGCUUAUAUGGAACUAAUCCAUAACCCAAAGAAAAAUGAACCCAACUAUCUUCACAAGAAGGGAAAUUCAAAUAUCAAAGCAUCAGAUACUUCAAGUACUGAUGAAGAAGGGAAUACAAACAAGAAGGAUAAGAAUCACAAAGGUAGAACAACAUCUUCGCUCCCAAUGGCUGCGUAUAUGAACAGCAACGUACAGUGUGUCAACAACUCUCUAUUGUACAACACUUCUUGCUCCCAUCAUGAUCCAGGAGUGCGCCUCUCUCUCUCAAAGAAACCAUUUGGUACAGGUUACCAUCUCAAGGAACAUGUUGAUGGCCAGAAGAACAAUUGAUUCAAAGACAGUGUUUGAAUUGAAGUUAGUUCUUUUGUGUUUCGGGCUUAUGGUGUAGUAAUAUGGUAUAUCUAUCGUAUGGGGAGAAAAUAAAAGGGGGCAGGGAUUCUAAUUCUUGUGCUUCACUUUUUUGUGGACCAAAGUUUAAGAUUCUCCACUGCCCUUUUGGUGGAAAAUAAAUUGUAUGGGUAAUAAUUACGCAUAGCUUUAAUUUAACCAAACACUACGUUUAGUUUUUGUAUGAAAGAGAUCCCGAAUCAAUCUUUUAGGAUGGGGACUGGGGGGUUUGUGUAA